GGUGCAAGUUUGUUGUGAAAGGAAGCAGUACGAAAAGUUAUGCUGCUAGCUUACAGCCGAUCAGAAAAAGGCCACUAUGAAAGACAGAUAGAACAGGUGUUGCAGUGAUAACACAUAAACACGGGUCGAUAAAGCCGUAGGAAAUAGUCUAUUUUAAUCCCUCUCAUAUGCUGUUUUGAGGCUCGACAACAAACAGUCAUGAACGAGAAUUUUGAUCGAGCUCCUGGAGCCGGGAGAACCCGUGGAGCACCUGCGGAUCCCGCGCUGGCAGUUAACGCCAGAGAGGGUGACGCUAAAGCCUCGGUGCUCAACCAGAGAGAGCCGCUGAGGCAGCCGCGGUCAGUCCCUCCUUUCCCGGAGAGCAGCAUCAACGCGACCGCUGGAUUACCCGGAGGAGAUUCUCGGACACUUGGCAGUCCUCUACAGAGCGUGAGCCCCAGCUAUACCUCUGUCCCCAGAGGGAGUAACGAUGUGGACUCUGUGGUCAGGACAUCGACGCUUUCAGCGAGUGCUCCAGAGUUUGUUCCCUUUGGGAUGGGCCCAUAUGAAGAGCUGGGGUAUUAUGAUGACAAUGAAAGCUACAGUGAAAGCUACUACAGCGAGUCCUCAUUGGCUGAUACAGUCACAGAUUUUCUUGCUCACCUGAGCUCAUCUCCUGGCUCCUUCGAGUCCGACGUUGAAGAGAUCACCAGUAUGCUUAAUUCCUGGGUCACUACAGAAGACCUGCUGAAGGAACUGGUGGAGCUGAUCUUUGCGCAGUCUACUGCCAUCCCAAACUUUUCCUACACCGGCGCCAGGCUUUGUAAUUACCUGUCCCAUCACCUCGCCUUCAGCCCACAAAGUGGAAACUUUCGUCGAUUGCUUUUGCAACGAUGUCAGACAGAGUACGAACAAAGAAACGUAGCUAUACGAGGAAGUCCAGAGGCUCAGAAGAAAUUUCACUCCUUUGUGUUAUUUCUGGGGGAGUUGUAUCUAAAUUUGGAGAUAAAAAGUGGAAAAGAAGCUCCGAACAGAGCAGAUAUUCUCCUUUCGGCUCUUAAAGACCUGCUGGAAAGUCUGCUUUCACAUCCUGUCGACGCAAAUCUCAUCUGUGCCGUCAAGCUGCUAAAGUUGACGGGUUCAAUCCUGGAUGACGCCUGGAAAAAGAGCGGAAAACCACACAUGGAAGAACUGGUCCACAGAAUCGAGACUGUUCUCCUGGACGCCACAUGCAGCAGGGACGUGAGACAGAUGCUGCUGAAAUUAGUGGAGCUGCGAUCCAGUGACUGGGGCAGAGUCUCUUUUGCUGCCGCUGCCAGUAACGCCACACCAGACAACGACCCCAACUACUUCAUGAAUGAACCUACCUUCUACACUGAGGACGGUACACCCUUUACAGCAGCAGAUCCCGAAUACGCGGAAAAAUAUCAAGAGCUCCUGGAGAGGCAAGACUACUUCCAUGAUGCUUAUGGUGAAAACGGCAAUGAAGAGUACGACAUCGAGGAUGAGAUGGAUCCAGAGAUUGAAGAAGCGUAUGAGAAUUUUUGUUUAGAGUCUGAGAUGAAACGGAAACAAUGACACAACCAGGGUUGUCAGUGACAUUUUACAAGGAUAAUACUGUACUCUUCCAAAUUGCAUUACAAGAAUGUUGAAAAGCAAAGGAUACUAACAUCAGGAUAAGCUCACAUCUUUAUUUUCCUGCGAACAAACCUCUUUUUAACAAAGGCUGUUUAUAGUUUCACUUCUGAAAAAUUCAGUCUGCAUUCAUUCAAAAGUGGGACAAUCAGUGGGAUAGCUGUUCAAAAUGUUGACUACUUCUUUUCUUAUUUUUGUUUUGCUGCUUGUAAUUUCUUCCCGGAGCUGCUUUUCUUUUCAACCAAAUGCCAAGAGGGAAAUGGUGUGCUGUGGACUUUUUUAGAGUUAAGACUUGAAUGAAAGAUUUGUUUUUUUUUUAAAUAUGUUCGUAUUUUCUUAAAUACUAAUUAUUGCCACACAUCAUACAGUAAUCCAUUCUCCUUGUUUAAAAAUGCACUAUUGAUGGAUGAGGCAGAAGUUUGAUUACAUAUCCACGUAAAGUACAAAGAUGAUGCAGCCUUUAUAUCCACUGUUAAAGUUGCCAAUAUUAAGUAUUUUCAAAUGUUUAUCUGGCUGAAGUUUCCUUGAAUCACGCCCAGAUCUUUAUGAACAGUUCUAUGUGUUUGCAGCUGCUACAAAUAUGUAAAAUUUGUUUCACAUAAAACCUCGUUUUAAAUUUUAUUUUCUUUUAAAUACUUUUCAGAGUUUAACCUUAGGAAAACCCGUAGAAAAUAAUCCAAAGUUUUCAGAAUGCUGUUCAUUUUAAAUAGUUGGUUUCCUGAAUAUCUGGUCAAAUAUGUACAGAUCCUGCACGUUUUGGCAAUGUGGCCCAAAUUCUUGGUCAGCUCAAGACUGAAAGACUGUUUGCCAGCAAUCCACACAUAACAUGUAAACGAAUGUUAUUUUAUAGUCUGUACAUAUUAUUUAUAGUAAUGUUUGCUUGCAAUAAAUUCUUUAUAAUGUG